GGACGUUCACUUCACCAUGGCGCAGCUGAUCGGUACGAUUCCCGAGUUCAGCGUGAACUUUGACGACUGGAACGUGUACUACGAGCGGUUGGAGCAGUUCUUCGAGGUGAACGAAAUACCGCUCGAAAAGCGCAGCGCCUUUCUGAUCAGCUGCAUCGGUAGCCAGGCGUACAAAAGCCUGCGAGAUUUGUGCCAUCCGUCCCUGCCCAAGGAUCGCCCGUUCGAUGAUCUGUGUGAGUUACUUCGCAAGCAGUACAGCCCCCAGGUGGCCAUUUUCCGCGAGCGGACACAUUUCUACAACGCGACGCAAUCGUUGGGAGAAAACGUAACGCAAUGGUAUGGCCGGUUGAAGAAGCUCUCCGUGGAUUGUAAAUUCGGCUCCAACCUGGAACCGAUCCUGCUGGAUAAGUUCAUUACCGGGCUGAGGCCGGGUCAGGUGUUGGACCGGUUGUGUGAGGAAAAUGAAACGCUACGGCUCGAGCAGGCCCUUGACAUUGCCGUCAACAAGGAGUGUGCGGUGAAGGAAAGCGCUUACCAGCAGCCGGCGGUUUGUGGUGCCACAGGAGCCGGUGCGACUCGUAUGUGUGUGUGUGGUGGGGCGGUUCCACCCAGCGAGGAUGGGUCGUGCUUUGGGGACGACCGAGGUGGGGCGAAACGUGGCCAUGGGCGCGGAAGGAACCGGCGAAGGAACCGGCGCCAAAAGGAGGACGAAAAUCAUUCGCAAGCUGGGGGGGAUUAAAAGGCGAAAAAAAAAAAAGAAAACUUCCUGUGUUUGAGAGUAGAUUUUUAAGCAAAACCCCGUUUAAGCGAAACAGAUGUAGCCAGUAAGAGCAUUUAAUAAACCGAUAUGGAAGUAUUUUU